UCUUCCAAUCGCUUAGGAAGUAAACGAUAAAACCAAACAUAUGAAAGCGUAGCGUCCAUCCUGUUCAGUACCUACUAUUUCGUGUUGAUUGUUCCGAAGUGACCUAUUACUCACCCUUCACUCAUAACACGGUUGGUUUCCGAGAUCCCUGCAACAUGAUUGGCUAGAUUUCAAGGAGUGCAAUAGCACACGUUUUGUUGAACUCUGUAGUGUGUACGAAAAUGAAAGUUAUUGGCAAUGAGGAGUUGAAUUUAGAAGAUUUACCUGCUGAUGAUGAUGUGACAGUAUCUUCUCCAAAAUCACCUGGCUUUUCUCCCCAUGCUUCUCUCUGCUCUCCCCACCGAAAGAAAAGGGAAAGAACAUGGUCAUCAUCCAAAUCAGUUGGUUGUCACGAGCCUGUUCUUAGGACAAGACAGCGAACCAUAUACACUGCUGGAAGACCACCUUGGUAUGAUACUCAGGGUCAGCUAGUAGAACCUUUUGUAAUUGGCAUUUGUGGAGGUAGUGCAUCGGGGAAAACUACUGUUGCCAGGAAAGUAAUUGAAGCCUUAGAUGUCCCUUGGGUAACUCUACUGAGCAUGGAUUCAUUUUAUAAAGUUCUUGAUGAAAAUGAUCACAAGUUAGCAAAGCAAAAUGAUUAUAAUUUUGAUCACCCUGAUGCCUUUGACUUUGACCUUUUAAUUGAAACUCUAAGAAAACUGAAAGAAGGAAAAAGUGUUGAUGUACCAAUUUAUAAUUUUGUUUCACAUUCCAGGGAAAAGAGAAUGAAAACUAUGUAUGGAGCUAAUGUAAUUAUAUUUGAAGGUAUACUCAUUUUUGCACACAAGCAACUUAUAGAGAUGAUGGAUAUGAAAGUGUACAUAGAGACGGAUUCUGAUAUACGGUUAGCCAGAAGAUUAAGACGGGAUAUUAUGGACAGAGGACGGGAUUUAGAAGGAGUUUUAAAACAGUAUGAAAAAUUUGUAAAGCCAGCUUUUGACUAUUAUAUUGCUCCAACAGUGGUACAUGCUGAUCUUAUUGUUCCUAGAGGUGGUGAGAAUGAAAUUGCCAUUUCCCUUAUUGUUCAACAUGUACACACUCAGUUACAAUUGAGAGGCCUAAAAUUAAGGACCAAGUUGGCUCAGUGUCACACUGGGCAGCCCUUACCUGAAGUUCUAUCUAUCCUUCCAUCCACAUCUCAAAUCAAAGGGCUUUAUACGUUUAUACGUGACAAACGUACAUCUCGAGAUGAAUUCAUUUUCUACUCAAAACGCUUAAUGCGCCUUCUAAUAGAAUUUGCUCUUUCUUUAUUACCAUUUAAAGCUGUUACUGUUGAUACUCCACAAGGAAUUCCUUAUCAAGGGAAAAGAAUUGCUACAGAAAAGAUAUGUGGUGUGUCUAUAUUGCGUGCUGGUGAAACUAUGGAGCAGGCUCUCUGUGAUGUUUUAAAAGAUGUCAGAUUAGGAAAAAUAUUAAUUCAGACUAAUCAGGAUACUGGAGAGCCUGAGUUGUAUUACCUUCGCUUGCCUAAAGAUAUUAAAGACUAUUUUAUAAUAUUAAUGGAUGCAACUGUAGCUACAGGUGCUGCUGCAAUGAUGGCUAUACGUGUGCUUCUUGAUCAUGAUGUACCAGAGGAAAACAUUAUGCUUUGUUCAUUACUCAUGGCAGAGUCUGGUGUUCACACUAUUGCAUAUGCUUUCCCAAAAGUAAAAAUUGUGACAUCUGAAGUGGACCCUGAAGUAAAUGAUAGAUUUUACAUCAUGCCCGGAAUAGGUAAUUUUGGUGACAGAUAUUUUGGUACAGAAGUAUUUUGAGCAUUCGAUACUUGAGUACAGAUCUGAAAUGUGAUGAGAACAUAGCUUUAUUUAUUGUAUAAAAACAGAAAAAUUGUUUUGUACUUAUGUAUAGAAAGAAUAUUAUUUAUUUAUUUUCAUGGACAAAGGUGCUUUCAUCAUUAUUUUAUAAGGCCACACAAAUUCUGUGUAAAAUAAGGAAUUGGUGUUUUUAAAAUGACACAGAUUCUUAUGAAUAAAUUAAAAGUUUAAGCAAGAGUAAUCUUAUUAAACUAAACUAAAAAAUAAAAUGAUUAACUUGGGUUAACUUAAGAAAUAUAACAGAAUUUUUUGUUUCGUUAAACAGUUGAAACAA